CGUCUUACGUCAACUCAAAAUCGAAGUGGAUUUCUCCAGGCGUACACUCCUUGUUUUCUGUAUCCCAACUAGCAUUUCUGUACAUACGCCUAUCCAGAAAUGUUCCAUUUAAAACAACAGCCGGCCUCUGCUGUCAAUGACGCUCCUUAAGGGUUACUACGCGCGGGGACGAAAACAAACGCUGCUGCCAGCUAAGCUAACGUAACUGCAGCCGUUAGCAGAACUAUUCUUACACCUCUGCCGAGCUAGCCGUGGAUUAGCACUUUUAGCCUAGCUCGCUAACCAGACACAUCCGAGAAAGGGCACAGAUGAUGUGAAGUGAAAGAGCUCUUCCGCUGUGAGCCAUUACAAACUACGGCUGACACUCGGUGGGCAUCAAGAGAUCUUCCAGAAAAUCCAGGAAGAACUUCCCGUCUGCAGCUCCUCCAGCGCCUGAACCAUGUGAGGACCCCUCGGUGCGAUCUGAGGGGAUCCCUGGACUUUGAAACGACGACCCACCCCACCCCCUCCCCUCCCCCCCGCUGUGCGGGGAAGGACUCGUCCUGUCUCUGUGUGAGCGAGCAGCAAAACUAACAACUCCCUCCCCAUCCGCACAUUCCCAUUCUCCUUACCUAGGAGACACGCCAUGAUGUUCCGAGAUCAGGUAGGUAUCCUCACAGAUUGGUUCAAAGGCUGGAAUGAGUGUGAACAGACAGUGGCGCUCUUGUCGCUUCUGAAGAGGGUGUCGCGCACCCAGGCUCGUUUUCUCCACAUCUGCCUUGAGCAUUGGCUGGCAGACUGCACUGAGAUCCACAUCCUUGAAGCCGAGGCCAACAAUGCAGCAACUGUCAGUCAGUGGCACCAGGAGCCAAAAGAGAAGGUGGUGUCCUUGCUGUUGUCCCACUUGCCUCUGCUGCAGCCACGAAACUGUGAGGCCAAAUGUGAGUACAUGAAGCUGCUGCAGAAGGUGUUGACUCACACUAUUGAGAGUAGCCUUUUUGUGGAAGAAAGCAGGCAGCUGCUCUCUUAUGCACUCAUUCACCCCGCCACCACCCUGGACGAUCGCACCUCACUUGCCUCAUGGCUAAACCACCUGGAGGAGCACCUGUCCAGCGGUUAUGCAUCUCGGGCGCCCCCUAGCCCUUACCACCCGCGCCAGGGCUCUGACGAGUGGCCCAGCACGGCUGAAGCUCUCGAUCCGGGCGGCUCGUGGCCAGACAAGUCGCCGUCGUCCAGCACGUCUCCUGCGGGCCAGAACGGACACUUGCCCUUCCCAGGCGGGAUGUCCUCACCGAUUAACAGCAAUAACACGGGUCUGGUUGGCCAGAUGCAGCCAAGCCCUCUGAAGAAGCCCAUGCAGGUCAUUCCUUCCAAUUCCCAGGCGUGUGGCUCAGAGUGGGGCAGCCAGGACGACGGCGUGGGGCGACAGAACUUCCUCUCCACAGACCACGCGCCUCUUUCCCCUCAGAGCAGCAUAGCGUCUUCAGGCAGUGAGCAGACGGAAGAGCAGGGCUCGGCUCGCAACACUUUCCUGGAGGACGGCAGCGGCAUGAAAGAUGUUCCUGCAUGGUUGAAGAGCCUUCGCCUUCAUAAAUAUGCAUCCCUAUUCUCACAGAUGACCUACGAGGAGAUGAUGAUACUCACGGAGCAACAUCUAGAAUCUCAGAACGUCACGAAAGGAGCGCGGCACAAGAUCGCGUUGAGUAUCCAGAAACUGCGAGAGAGACAGAGUGUUCUAAAGUCUUUAGAGAAGGAUAUUUUGGAAGGGGGAAACCUGCGCAACGCCCUCCAGGAGCUUCAGCAGAUCAUCAUCACACCCAUCAAGGCCCACAGUCCACCCAGCGCAGCACAACCGGUCCCGGACGCCUCCGCUUCCUCGACAGAAGGCACAAAGACGGGAGCCGACAAAGAACCACCAUCCGAGGAAUUUCAGUCCCACAACCCACCCCCUUGUGACGGAGACUCUUCGGUCGCGCCGAUCUCAGACGGGGACAUCGCAGGACAGUUCACUCGUGUCAUGGGGAAAGUGUGCACCCAGCUGCUGGUUUCAAGGACGGAUGAAGAAAACAUCAGUUGUUACCUUCAACUUAUUGAGAAGUGUCUAGCACAUGAGGCUUUCACAGAAACUCACAAGAAAAGGCUGGUCACCUGGAAGCAGCAGGUCCUCAAGCUGCUGCGCCUGUUCCCUCGGAAAAAUAUCCAGGACAUGUCUGCUUACCGACAGAAAGGCUGGAACUAUGGGUCAAACUCCCUCCCCACAGCAGGCUCUGUGAGUGGAGGUGUAAGCCGACGGGGCCAGAGGCAGUUCCCAAUGACCCCACGGGGACUCCCUGCUGGGCGGAUGUGUCUUCCUGGUGGGAUCGGCGGAGUGUCUCCACGCCACACGCUCACUAAUCCUGCGCUGGCAGGACAGGGUAGACAAAACCUUUGGUUUGCCAACCCUGGGGGCAGCAACAGCAUGCCAAGUCAGAGUCGCAGCUCUGUGCAGCGGACCCAUUCGCUCCCUGUCCACACAUCCCCACAAACCAUGCUCAUGUUCCAGCAGCAAGAAUGCCAAGUUCCAGGGGCUGACCUGGAGAUCAAUCCCACGCUGGAGUCACUGUGCCUCAGUAUGACGGAGCAUGCCUUAGGGGAUGGAACUGACCGGACAUCGACAAUAUGAAGAGAGGAAAGAGACACUUCGUUUGAGGCCUGCUCAGUUCAGCACAAAGAUAGAUGUAUGCUUCAAUAAACCCAGGCAACGCAGUCACUACAAUAUGACAAAAAACUGUGUAUAUGUUCUCUAAUAUUUUUGUACUUUAUUAUAUACAACUAAGUUUAUUAAAAAUGGAACACAGAUGAUUAUUAUAUUGUAGAACAGAGAAAAGGUUAACUGUGUCGGCUGUGCCAUGCCACCUGCAGCAGGACUGUGGCAUGUGUGUGCAGCGGUUCAGUUUACCAUGAUAUGGAGAAAAAAAAAACACAAAAAAAGAAAAAAGCAGUGGAUUGGUGCUGUCUUCAAGGGUUCUGCCCUGAAUUUGCUCUUCUUUUCUUACUGCCUUGGAACAAGGUUUUCUACCCACAACACGCCGACAGCCCCCUUCACCACACACAUUCUAGAUUCAGAAAAUUUCCAGCCACGAAGCAAGGCACUUUUAUUAACUUAUCUUUGAUAUUAGGCACUAACUGCAAUUGGCCCUCAUGGUACACACUCUUGAGGUUUCACCUGGGGAUUGGUGGUAACCUACUAAUGCUCUAGGCAGCUCUGGUCAGGGCUUUAAAUUAGGCUUUCCUUUUUGCCUCUCUGAUGAUUUUUGUUGCACAAACAGAAAAGAGAGGACCAAAAGGAGUGAGAAACAGAGAAAUUGUUUGUAUUUCAAUUUUAGGGCCUACCCUUCUUCUUUCUUUUUUUCCCUCCCCUUUCAACGCAAAGUAAAAGCAACUGUCCUCUUCUAAGCGUCUACAAAGCCAAAGACAAGGGUUGUGCGUUUUGUUGAUUUGAGAAAGAUAUUUGUAGUGAGUUGCAGCAGAGUAAUUAAAAAAAAGAAGAAAAAAAAACAGUGUGAAAAGUUAUUGCCAGCUGCAAUUUGUCUUUUAUUUUAAUGUCCUACUUCAUAAAUGAUGAUGAAUCUCAUUUUGGGCCAGGGAAUCCCCAGGAGGGCUGUUAGUAAGAGGUGGGGAGAGUUGUACUGUGCAGGAGCUUAUUAGAUAUUGAAUCGACAAGAGCGAAGAGGCCAGAGUUUUCAAUUCACGAUCCAAGGCUGGCUUGAGAAAGCUAAAUGGAGAGAGAGAGAAAAAAAAAAGGUCUCAGCCCUCUGGUUCCUUACGUUUGGCUUUGGAAAACGAAGCUCGAUCUCACAGCGCCCUCGUCCUUGAAAUGGCCGAUGUGACGAUUUAAUGAAUCAUUCUUUUUCAAGGUGCUUGACGAUGUCCUUAUUUUUCUGUUUGUGUCUAAGUGUGUGUUCCGGUCUCAGAGCUCCGACAUUAUCAUCUGGUAUCAGUGUUGAAUCAAAAACAGUCUUUUAGCAGCCUCUGUCUUUGAAUGUGACAGAGCCGGAGGUGCAUGUUUGUGUGAUAAUGGUCUUUUGGAUCACUUUUGGUUGCUUCAUAAGGCAGGGAUAACCAUUCAUAUAUUAUUUCAGCAGAGCCAUAGGAGGUCUGUCUAGUAAAGAUGGUUAUUUACAGAUAUCUUUUCCAAUUGUAUUUUUUAUUCUCUCUUGAUAAUGAUAACUUAUGCUUAUUUUCUAUAAAUGCAUGUUUUGCCACACUAAUACAGCACUGUUGUAGAUGGAGGACAUGAUGGCUGAUGGUGCCAGUUGUCACCAACAGCUAGAGACCAGUCAUCUCGCAACAAAUGUAUGUUCAUAUCGCCUAAAUGUCACUGUUUACAUCUUUCUGGGAAGAUCCCUGAUUCAUAAUAUUUGAUGUCAUGAGUAAUCUAUUGUCUCGCUAUGUAACGCGUAAAAAGAACUGAAGCCUUCCCACGACCGAGAUGGGUGGGCGGAGUCUAAAGAAAACAAGUCUUCUGCCCCCGAAUCUGUGGACUCCAAACGGUACUCAGAUUUUCCCGAUUUGUACUUGUCUGGAUGAUGCGUUAAGCAGAAAGAACAUCCUCUCUGGCCAAGUGAUUAAAACUGUUAGCUGUCAUGUCCUGAUAAACUGUUCAUGUGGUGCCUGAAAUGCAAAACUCCAGCAUUCGCAAAACAUUCAUUUUAAAAGUGGUCGCAUUCUAGUCAUGGAUUUCUUCAGAGCAGGCUCUUGGAUAGAUCUGACUUAGUAAAAACCAUUACACUCACUGUCAGAAAGAGCUCCAGUGUGUGAAUAAUGCUGGCUUUAAGACACAGUCUUGUUUUUUUUUUUUUUUUUUGUUUUUUUUUUUUUAGCAGUCUGCUAUGUUGUUCAUCAACUGUGUUGUUACAAAUGGCUCAGAUUAUCCUUUUCGUGCCCUCUGUUGCUUCCAGCAGCCUAUUUAUUACCUUUAAUGGGCACAGAGGUACAAUACAGAUUUCUGCAAGUGUGUGUUUAUGAUGCUGAUGCAGCAGGGGAUGACGAAGCUUAUCUGAGCCAAAUGUGUGUUGAGUAAACUGAACACUAUCAACGGGCCAAGGAAUACGUUUACUCCAUGUUUACAUUCCAGCGAUGCAAGAAAUGAGUUGGGAAAAUGCAUUUCGUGAGUUCAGCCUGGUGUAUAUAAACAUGUUAGGAUCCAGUAGAAGAGGUACAGAGCCUGUGUCAUACGGAGACAUCUACCAAGUGUUGCCCAGGGUUUAUAAUAUAGUUCAAUUCUGCAGCCAGCUGUAGGUCACACUGCGCGUAUGUGUCGUGUACAAUUUAUAUUUAAUUCAGAAAUAAUUCUCCCCAAACAUUUUCUAAUAUUUUGUGAACCUUUUUGCAUCACCUGCUUUAUUCUACUUUUUUACUGUCACUCAUUGUGUGUGUGAAUGGUCUGAAGUACAACAGCCGUCGGAUCAUGACAGUCCAAAUAAAGAGGUUCAGUUCUUUUCAAACUAAA